UGGGAGGUGAGGAAGGCCCUUCCCGAUGGAGAGGCCAGGGCUGAACAAGGGGCGAGGCGGCUGUUGCCCGUCCUGGGCAGAGCUCGCUUUCCCGGGGGAGGAGCGGAGCAGACGGGGCCCGUUUCGGCGCUGCCCUUCUUUGGGCUUGUCCACCCGCGAGCCGCGGAUCCCUCCCCUUCCCUUUCCGGCGGGGGCCAGAGCGGGCGGUGAUGACGACGCCCGGCUCGGCUCAGUCCCCUCCGGGGGACGAGGUGGUGGAGAUCUGGCUGGGCGAGCGUUGCUUCCCGGCGAGGAAGCGCCUGCUGCUGGAGCAGAGCGACUUCUUCGGGGCGCUGUUCCGCUCGGGGAUGCGGGAGGCGGCGGCGGCGGGGCUGCGGCUGCGCGGAGGGCUGAGCGCGCGGGGCCUGGAGCUGGUGCUGGACUUCAUCCACUGCGGGCGGAUGCCUCCCGAGGAUGAAGGCGAAGACGACGAGGGAGGCUUCCGGGCGCUGGAGGAGCUGCUGGAAGCCGCCUGCUACUUGCAAGUGACGGCGCUGCUGCGUCUGCUGGCCUCCCGCCUGCGGCUCCCCAACUGCCUGCGCCUCCUCCGCCUGGCCCAGCACUACGGGCUGCGAGAGCUGCGGGAGGCGGCGCUGGGCUUCAUGGCGGCCCGUUUCCACGCCCUGCUCCGCCGCACGGACCUCCUGCCGGGCGCCUUGCGGCAGCAGCUUCGGAAGAGGCGCCUGGCCAAUGCGACGCCCGCUUUGCUGGCCCUGGGCCGCUUCGCCGCGAUCAACCCCGAGGAGGCCUCGCCCUGCUCCGCGCUGCGCUACGACGAGGGCGCCCGGCGUUGGCUGCCCCUGCCCGGGGCCCUCCCCGUCGAGCUGGAGAACGUGCGCGGAUACGGCGCCGCCCUGCUGGACAACUACCUCUUCCUGGCCGGCGGGUACCGCCUCACCGCCAGCCAGGAGAUCGCCGCCGCCCACUGCUACAACCCCAGCCUGGACGAGUGGAGCCCCGUGGCCUCCAUGAACCAAAAGAGAUCUAAUUUCAAACUCUUGGCUGUUAGUGGGAAGCUGUAUGCCAUUGGUGGGCAGUCCCUCUCCAGUGUUGAAUGUUACGACCCAGAACAUGACUGGUGGAACUUUGUGGCAUCAUUGCCAACCCCGCUUGUGGAGUUCUCAGCCUGUGAGUGCAAGGACAAGAUCUACGUCAUGGGAGGCUACACUACCAGAGGUCGGAAUUUGAAUAUCUUACAGUACUGUCCCAUUUCUGACAACUGGACUAACUUUGAACAGUGUGAUAUCCACAUCCGCAAGCAGCAGAUGCUCUCUCUAGAGGACACUAUCUACAUUGUUGGAGGAUGCAUCCAUGAACUGGGAUCAGAGAAAAAAUCUAACCAGAAUGAGGACAUGUUAACAGUCCAGUCCUAUAAUAUUACCACCCGAGAAUGGCUCUACCUCAAAGAAAAUACAUCAAAAUCUGGUCUUAAUUUGACUUGCACUCUACACAACGAUGGGAUUUAUAUAUUGACUCGAGAUGUCACUUUGUUCACAAGCUUGGAGCACCGAGUUUUUCUUAAGUAUAAUAUAUUCACAGACAGUUGGGAAUCAAUUAGGCACUUUCCUAUCUUUGGACAAAACAUGUUGGUCUAUUCUAUCUAUUUGCCAAAUCUGAGCUGUUAAUGGACAAAUCUCCACACUGCACAAAAGUUAUCAUAUCUUAGUAGAUUUCAUUUAAUAAUCUUCACCCUAGGAGUUGUUAUCUGUUCCAGAUGGAUCAUGUUGUAUAUCCUGAUUGUUGUUCAUAUAGUCUGUUUAAUUAUAUGCUAAUGACAUACAUGGUGCUUUGCAAGAAACUGCCUCCAAGGACCAUCUAGUUGGCAACAGUGAGUGAGGCAACAAAAAGAGAGAGAGGAAAGAGGCAAUGUGCAUAAAGACAGCUCUGUGUAUUUCAACUUUCCUUUAGUUUGCUGGUGAUGAGUAAAGGGCCAUAAUUAUGGUUUUGUGAAGCAUGGGCAGAGACUUAGUGUGUGAUAGGGCCAAAUAUGCUGCUGUUAUGCCUACUGUGGCAUUUCAGAAAAUGUAUUUCUGAAUUAUAGUAGCUUUUGUCUUUUGUUUCACUGUUUUGUAAUAAAGUCAAAGUGGCCUUUGCUGGUUUUCCUGCCUUCUCUUUCUGAAGACAACAAAUGGCUGUUCUGUUAUUUUGAGAUUGGAUAUGAGAAAUAAAAAAGUAAACUGA